GACGUGUAGCAGACGACAGCCCGGGAAAACCAUCUAUUACGUCAUGGUGUGUGUCGUCAUGUACUUCCUGCCCAUCGCCGUCAUGAUCGCCGCCUACACCGUCAUCGCCGUCCGUCUGUUCACGCGCCGCGCCCCGGGCAGUCUGAUCGCCAACACCUCGUCAUCACAGGACAAGGCCAAACGAAAGGUGAUCAAGAUGCUGGUGGCCGUCCUGAUCACAUUCGUCAUCAACUGGACACCGCAACAAUUUCUGUUGCUCUUUUACGGCAUCAACUGGCGGACACAGGUGAUCCCCCAGUACCUACCCACCAUCAAGUACGUGGCCGUGUACAUGGCCUACUUUAACAGCGCCCUCAACCCCAUCCUGUACGGCGGCUUCAACGAGAACUUCAGGAAAGGUUUCAUUGAGGCCUUUAGGUGCCUGCUCAUCAAGAGGAGUAACAGGAUAGGCGUAGAAAGUGGUGUACCUCGCUGGUCUAUCAGAAAGCCCACCAACAUUGGAGAAAAGUCCACCAUCUUUCCUAAAACUUCGAACUGUUCAGUCCCCAGUCCCAACAUAUCACUGAAGCACAUCGACCACAGCACCGAAUCUCACGACACCGCUUCAAGGCCGGCCUCACCUGGUUUUCAACAAACCGCUAACCUGUUCGUCACCAAUGUCAAGGCUCCAGAUAUGCUGGUCUCUUCCUGUCACUUGCUACAACACAGCACACAUGAAGGCCAACAGCCACAUAGCCCACAUGUACAACCACACAGCCCACAUGUACAACCACACAGCCCACAUGUACAACCACACAGCCAACAUGUACAACCACACAGCCAACAUGUACAACCACACAGCCCACAUGUACAACCACACAGCCCACAUGUACAACCACACAGCCCACAUCUAGCACUACCCACAAGUAAACUACAAAUUCCUCAAGGAAAGCAGGACUUGACGACGGCCUCAACAGAAAGCUCUGUCGUUCAGAGCCAGGAAAAUUCUCAUCACUCAUCAAUAGAAACGCCCAUCAUUUCGGCUAACAAAAAAGUGUAAAAAUAUUUUUGUUUUAAGAAACUGUCUGUGAAAAUGUAACACAACCGAAUGAAAUAAACCCGAUAGUAAAAAAAAAACCUUGAAGAUGACAAUAAAGUGCAUUCUAAAUUAUAGGAAGCGUUUACUCUCAUUUGGGGAUAGCAAAUUGUAUAAUUUGUUAAAACACAGUCCAAGGGAAACUAUAAUGUAAUAUUGUUCUAAACUCUCCUUUAACAUGGUUAUUGCCCUUUGACUACUGUUCUGCAAUUUAUUUGAUAACUUUUACUUUUAAUUUUAUCAAAAAUAUAUAACAGAAUGUUUUAAUAUGAAACGAAAUAAUUUAUUUGCCUUUGUUUGACUUUAUUUUUAUGUAAAUAGAAGACAUCUAUAAAAAAAUAAUUAAAAAACCAAUAUAAAAUUAAAGAGAUGUAGACAUGCAAUUGAUUGUAAAAUAUUUAUAUGUUCACUCGACUUCGACGAAUUUUCUUCCGUAUUUCUUUUUUAAUUCCUAAAUUUAAUGUAUAUGAUAGUACUAGUACUCUUGUUUACCUAUUGAAAUACAAUUUAAAAUUUUCUAUUACUAAUAAUAAAAAAAAAAUGUAUGAUUUUUUUUAUUUAUGCGGUCUAAGGGGGAUAACAAUGUAAUUAUGUUUACUUUAGUGUUUUGGCAUGGUUAUUCCCCUGCAGAAGGUUUUGUUUCGUUUUUAUAUAUUUUUCAAUACGGCGAAUAAAUGAUAGUAAUCUCAUUUGGCAAAUUUACUAACCUUAUACCAUUUGAAUUCCUUCUACAAAUUUUACUUUUUGCACAAUUAAUAAAUUCGCCUCUUAUUUCUGGAAUAGUUUUAUAAAAAUAACAAAAUGUAGAUAUUAUUAACAUUGAAAAUCAAAUUUUUCCAACAAGAUUUUCAUAUUUUUCUUCUGCUUUAGAAAGGAUCAUAGCUAUGUAAUUGUUUUAGAAGUUUGAAGACAUGCUUGAGUUGUUGCCCUUAAUAAAUGUUUUCCUUUUCAAAACAUUUUUAUGUAUAUGGAAACAAUUUUUUAACAAAAAAGCGUAUGCUUAUAAUUACUUUUUGUCUUACUAAAUAUCUGUUACUAUUUUAAAUAUAGAAUGCAGGUAUUUAGAAAGAAUCACCACAUGCCAAUGGUGAUAUCAAUAAAACAAAUUGAUAUUUUUAAA